AUGAAAAGAACACUUGAUAAAUACACAGGGAUGAUUGUCUCAAGAUAUUUUGAAAGUAUUAAUGACUUUAUUAACUUUGAAAUGACAUGCAAAAAGUAUGAAGGGAAUAUGGAAAGAUUUCAUUUCAAUCCAAUUCAAAUUAACACUACAACAAGAAAAUACUUUCCUAACAUUGAAACAAUUCAUUUAAGAAGAGAAAAUGAAGAAAAAAUAGAAGGAGGGAAAAUCAAUAAGAAAGUUAUAUGGUAUAAACAGACAUAUAGCGAUGCAAUUGAAGAAAUAAAGAAAGGAAAUGAAUGUAAGAAUAUUUGUUAUACAAAAGAAGAUAGAAAGAAAUAUGGAAAUAAUGUUCCUGAGAAUGUUAAUAGAUUAGAAAAUGAAUGUUAUAGUCAUUGUAUUGAUUUAGAAACAAUAAUAAUUCCAUCAAAUAUAAAAUCAAUUGGAUAUAAAUGUUUUUGUGGGUGCACUUCAUUAAAAUCAAUUAAUAUUCCACAAAAUGUAACAUUAAUUGGUGAUAAAUGUUUUUCACAUUGUAUUUCUCUUACAUCAAUUUCCAUUCCACAACAUACUAAAAUGAUAGAUUGGAUGUGUUUUUAUGGAUGUGAUAAAUUAACACAAAUAACAUUCAAAUCGUCUGUUUAA